UCAUCUCCUACCUUCUCAACCCCCAUCAAGACUACAAUUUCACGAACUAUCUCCAUUAUUUGCAUCCUUUAUUCCCCAAAUCCUACGUUUUUUCCCACCCCCCAGCGCUCGAAAGCCGGUCACCUCAGCACGGGUCACCAUGUCCGACGGACUCUUGAAGCCGGAGAAGGACUUCUCUAAGGAGGCUGACAAGCUGAUUCCAGAGGCAGAACAGCUUGCUAAGACCGAUGUGCAAGGUGCUAUUGACAAGCUGCUAGGGCUGGAGAAGCAAGCAAGACAGUCGUCCGAUCUCCCGACCACAUCUCGAUUACUCGUUACCAUCGUGACAAUCAGCAAAGACUCCAGGGAUUGGAACCUCCUCAAUGACCAAGUCCUCCUCCUUUCCAAGAAGCAUGGCCAACUCAAACAAGCCGUGACGAAAAUGGUGCAGGUGGUGAUGGGAUUCCUGGAUGAGACACCAAACAUGGAUACCAAGUUGUCCGUCAUUCAGACUCUGCGCACUGUGACGGAGGGAAAGAUUUUCGUCGAAGUUGAAAGAGCCCGGGUUACACGCAUCCUUUCGCAGAUCAAAAAGUCUCAAGGUGACUUGAAUGCCGCUGCCGACAUUCUUUGCGAGUUGCAGGUGGAGACAUUCGGUUCGAUGACCAGACGGGAGAAGACCGAAUUCAUCCUAGAGCAGGUUGGUCUCUGCAUAGAACGCGGUGACUGGACGCAAGCGACCAUCUUGAGCCGUAAGAUCAACAAACGAUAUUUCGCGCGCAAGCCCAAGAAGAGCGCAGAAGAGAUCGAAAAGCUCAAGAAACAGGCGGAAGAAAGAGAGAAGACCCGUGGGCCCGAUGAACCUCCUAUGGAGGUGGACGACGACGUCACCGAUUUGAAACUUCGUUACUACGAACAACAGAUCAUUCUUGCCAAUCAUGACUACAAAUACCUGGAUGUAUGCAAACACUACCGAGAGGUUCUUGACACAGAUUCGGUGCAGGACAACCCUGAACAGCUUCGUGCGGUCCUCGCACGCAUUGUAUACUAUAUUGUCUUGUCGCCGUACGACAACGAACAGUCCGAUCUACUUCACCGAAUCCAACAGGACUCGAGACUCUCUGUGGUUCCUGUUGAAGCGCGGUUGGUGAAACUCUUUACCAUCCACGAGCUCAUGCGCUGGCCCAUGGUUUCAGAACAGUUCGGCCCUCACCUUUGCAACAGCGAUGUGUUUAGUCCCAAGCCUAGCCAGUCUGCCGAGGAUCAGGCACACAAGCGGUGGCAGGACCUGCGGAAGCGUGUCAUUGAACACAACGUGCGCGUGGUGGCCAAGUACUACACUCGCAUCCAGAUGGGCCGGUUGACCGAGCUUCUAGACCUGACUGAGGAGGAAACGGAGAAAUACAUCAGUGAACUAGUUACAUCAAAGACGAUCUAUGCGAAGAUUGACCGACCCGCGCGGCUGGUCAACUUCGCCAAACCCCGCGAUGCAGACGAUGUGUUAAACGAGUGGAGCAGCGAUAUGAAGAGUCUCCUGGGUCUGUUGGAGCGUAUUGACCACUUAAUUACCAAGGAAGAGAUGAUGGCACGCAUCCUUCCGACCCGGGAGAAGAGCAAGGCUCGUUAAAUGAAUUCUUUUGCACCGAAAGAUAUCAUCAUCAUCAUCAUGGAUAGCGAUGGACGAACGGACUGACACAUACCGGGUGUAAAAUUAUACAAUAGUAGAAUUGAUAAUUUCCCGCCCGAUUUUGAUCUAAUUUUAUUCACAUAGUCCACUGUACAUCUAAUCUAAACGUAGUCUAACCAAUCUAUAGCAAUAAUAACAGACAGAUCUAUCUAUAUACAACACCCUUACUUAAAAGGGCAAAUCCAUAUCAUUCACAUC